AUGCACAGCACAUACUCUCGUUGUAAAGGGGGAGAUAACAAUAAUAUUGAUACUGAUAUUGAUGCUGAUAUUGAUGCUGAUAUUGAUGCUGAUAUUGAUGCUGAUAUUGAUACUGCUAUUGAUGCUGAUAUUGAUGUUGAUAUUGAUGUUGAUAGUAGUAAUAAUAAUAAUAAUACUAGUAUUAAUAACUAUGGUAAUGAUUAUACACGUAUAAAUAUUAACGCUACGUGUAAUAGUGACACCAACGAUAAUGGCGAGGGUGCAGAUAAUGCUUCUACUCAUUCUGAUCAUGCUGUUGAUGCUGUCCGUGAAGAGGAAAAGGAUGGCCUUACCAACAACAGUAAAGAUGUUGAUAAUAUAGGUGGAAAUACCUACAACAUCAUCCGUGGUAACAACAAUAUGAAUCACCAUAUUAGUAACGACUACAAUACGAAUACACACGUUAGUAUCUCUGGAAAGAAUGAUGCUACUAGUUAUAAAUACAACGAUGGUAAUUACACUGGUAAUGGUUACAGAGGAAAUAGCUACAAUAAUAUCAGAUGUAGUUAUAGUAACAGCAGUAGUAGUUGCUGUUGUAGCGUUUGCAGUGAUAGUGGAAUACUUUACGACAGUUCUAAAGAAAAUAGAGAAAGCACAUACGGAGAUAAAAAUAACGUAAACACGAGUGAGGGUAGUAUUGACCAAGGUAGUAUUAACAAAGGAAAUGUUAGCAGAGAAGUCAAAAAGGAACAGGAAGUAAAAAGCCCCAGAAAUGAUGACACAACAAUGCUACCACUUUGCUUCAACAAAAAUAAUAAAAUAGAAGAAUUAAAAAAAAAAAAAAAAAGAAAUGUAAAUAAGCUAACAAAUAGAGAAUGGUUACAAAAGCCGGAAGCUCAAAAAAAGAUUAAAAAGAAAGACAAAAAUAUAUGGAUGCAUGAGAUGAUUUAUACAAAAGAAAAUAUUAAUGAAAGUAGAAACGUUAUUGAAUAUAAGAAGAUGAAGAAGAGCAGGUACAAUAGACAUCCUGAAAUGUUAAUUGAAAAUAUGCAAGAGAUAAAGGGUCUGAAAAAUUCUCUAUCGGAAAAGGAGAAAAAGGAAAAACUAAAUAAUAAUAGGGAGUUAGAGCUAAUUCUAAAAAUUUCAUCUUUUUUAGAAAACCACAAAUUAAAUAUUUGUGAAAAGGAUAAUAUAAUUAGUAAAUAUGUUAAAAAAAAAGUUUGUUCAAAUGAAGAAUUUUCUACGAAAUUACCAAUUAUAACAAAAGAAGAUAUAAAAGAAAAGGUGAAAAAUGAAAUUUUGCAAGGAAUAAAUUCACCAGGGAAAUCCUAUUCUGACGAAAAUUCUCUAAUUCGGAAAAAUUUAAUGGAUAAAAAAAAUGUAAACAAAAUAAAAAUAAAAUAUAAUUGUGAUAAGGAGAAUGAGUAUGUAGAAGGAGCUUGUGACGUAAAUGAAAGCUCUGUUGAAGUAGGCAGUUCAAAAGAAACAAAAUUGAAUGAUAUAGAACAAGGUAGUAAAAAAUUGUGGGAAAUAAACGACAGUGUACCUAAUUCGAAUUAUUCUUUUAAAAGAAAAAUAGACACUGUACAUAGUAAUGAAGGGGAGGAAUAUAUACAUGAGAGUGAGGUACAUUACUCUGAUAAAAAUAGAUACAUUGGAAAAAUAGAUAAACUGUUUAAAGACUCCAACAAAUUUCAAGAAACAUUAAUAAGUAACGAUCAAACAGUUUCUUUAAGCAGUAAUAUAUCAUCAUGUAAAAAUGAAUAUGAAAUAUUUAAAUAUAACUCAAUGAACUUAAAAAAUAGAAGACGAACAACUGAGGACAAGUGGACGGAUACAAAAUUAUCUAAAUGUGGUACCAAUCCUAUUAAUACACUUUUUGAAAAGGAGGAGGUUAAAAUGAACGCGUGUGAAAUUGUUAAAAGAAAAAAUUAUAUAAGACACAAUAAAGAAAAAAAAGAUAAAAAUACGAUUUGCAUAUCUAAUUUAUUUUCUAAUCAAAAGGAUGAAUAUACAGAAUAUAUGCUGAAAACAGAAAACGAAGCAGAGGAAGUCGUCAAUGAUAGGAAUAAAAAUAAUCUUAAAGCUGGAUAUAACGACAAAAUAUUAGGGAAUGUAUCACGGAUCUCUGAUAUUCCAGAGAAAGUAGAUUUUAAUUGCAUUCCAUUGAAAAAGAACCUGUUACUAACAGUUGUGAAUUGGAAGGAACCCUUAAAAUUUAAGGAAUUAAAUGAUAGAACCGCAUCUUCACUUAGUACUGUAAAUAAUUUAAUGAAAAACAAUAGAAAAAAUGAGUUCAUCGAGAAUAAAAAUAUUUUGAGUAAAUACAAAGUUGACAUGGAGGAAUGCGAUCAAAAAUAUUAUAACAACAACACUUUUUGCUGCUCUGUGAAAGCAGACUCUACUGCUAUCGCUGCUACUACCACUGUCUGUGCUACUACCGCCGUGACUGGCACUACCCCUACACGUUCUAGAAGCUUACGUUUCAUAAAACAGUUAUUCAAAAAAAAAAUACCUAACGGUGCAGAUAUCUUAAAAUCAAAGAGUGAUACUCAUUUCAAAUUUAAAUUGAAUAUCAAUGAAAAAUUAGCUAAAAAGAAGUUUACUAAUCCUAAAAAUAUGUUAUCAUCACGUGGAUGUUCCCCAUAUGACGUUAAGCAAAAACCUAAAUUAUUUGAAGUACCCAUGUUACCACUAAAAAAAGAAAAAUAUAUUAAUUUAUACUUACAAAAUAAAGAAGAAAGUUCUAAAAAAUUACAUACCUAUUAUUGCGCAAAUUCACAUGUACUAAUGAGAGAUAACAAAAUUAAAAAUAUAAGCCAAAAUGAUAAAAAACGUAUGAGCAAAUCUAAAUAUUCCAAUAGAAUAACUCAUACUAAAAGUUGUAAUAGUUUAUUAAAUAAUACAUCAUCUACUUCUAAGCUUUACCCCCAAUGCGAAAUUAUAUGUAGAAUACCAAAUAAAAAUUUUAUUAAUUAUUUUUGCAACUCAAAUAAUACACCUAAGGUCUUAAAUAAAAAAAAGAGAAUAUAUAAUAACAAAAUGUUGUAG